AUGGCGCUCAAUGAUCAUGACACAGCCCCAUCGCCCCCGGAGCGAAUCUUAUCGCUACUGGGUCUCGAAAAAUCGUCGAUAGCAGAUGAGCUUCGCCUCAUGGUAAGCAGUCGCUUCCGACAACCCCAGCAAGCGCAGCUAGCAGACACCCUGAGCGCCAUGCAACCCACUCCUGCUCUUUCCAACGUGGCUUCGUGGUUCUCGUACCAAUUCGACCCCACCGACGACGUGGAAUACUAUCUACAAGAUCUUACUCGCAUGCAUCACUAUAUAGCAGCACACGAUCGUCAGCGCCCCCUACGUAGCAGACAUCUCGACAGUUCUGAAUCUGCUGCUGACGGUGCAGUGACAAGACAGCUCCUACACUUCUACGCCUCGUUCGCAGACAGCAGAGACCGCCAUCUCCUCACGAAAAUCUACCAGACUCUUGGGCUAUCAAGAGCCAUCACGUACUGCGUCGUGGCCAAGACGUUGCCCUUCAAAGUCCAGAAAGAAUUUCUAGAUCUCUUCGCUGACGACCUACCGGAACUUCGUGAGUGGAUCAGCUGGCUAGACGAACUAGAGCACGCAGCAGUCAAAGUCGAAGGUGACAUGGCGUGCAGACCAGGCUAUGAGAGCGCCGUAAACUUUGUGAGUAGGGCGAUCAAAGAGCACUGCAUGCUCACGUGGCUUGGACUACUACGACCACUGGACUCUAUGAAGAGACUUUCUCUUAUCGACGCUAUCCACAGACUACUCGCAGCUUCAAAUACCAGCGGCUUUCUACCCACCACAACGAGUACACUGAAGAAACUGGGUCGAUUCUACGAAACCACCGGCAUCUCGGCAGCCAAACUACUGGAUCUGGACGUCGCUGUGCGUUGUGAGCUCUCCUUUCUUCUCGAAGAGUUUCCGACCAUCAUUCUCAUCACUCUGUUCACUAAAUUCAACAGCGAGAAGAUGAUUCACUUGGUAGUCAAACGUGGUCUGCCCUACUUCCCGAAAAACGACUUGUUGAAGAUGCUGGACGCUCUCGCUCCCGCCGAGAUUAACGCCAUCGAAGUGUUCGUGACAACUUUGUUCGCUUUUGGCCGGAAGAAAGCUGAUUUUCUACUGCGUUUUCUGACUUUUUCUCCUCCAAGCCAACUCCGAUUUCUCGAUCUCAUGAUUACAGCGUCGAGCUCUCCUUUAAACGCAGAUACGUCGAGCUACGAAGAAGAUCCCGAGGACGCAUUCGCGAUUCCAGCUCUUACAACAGGAAACAAUUUUCUGAUGAAAUUCUUCCUUUACGCUGGUCUGAAAUCUCCAGAUCUAGUUAUCCAAAAACUGUCGUCUUUGCCUACUGAAAUGAUUCAUCAAAUACUGUACACUAUCGCUGUUCACUCAGCAGAAGACUUGGCGGUACUGGGUCGGGGUCUAGAGACUGUAGAGCUGCCGUGUCUGCAGCCUUUUCUACGUUUAUUCCUCGCUAUCCCACUCGGUUGGCGAGAAGUGUUAGUCCCGCUAGUCGAAGAGAUGCCAGGAGAGGAGGCACAGCCACUUUACGACACGCUACUUCACCUGCAAGCCACGUGUGAAGACAAAGUCACGACUGUUCUUCAAAUGCUCGGAGCUCUCCAUAAGAAAGACAAGACGAUACUUUGUCGAGAUAUCCAAAGCCAUCACGAAGCUCAGCUCGAAGGGCACUCUUCGUCCAUCGGAAUCCACGCCAAAGUUCUGCUGUAUCUCUGCGAAUGCGACCUCGCUCGUCAUAAAGUUCUUCGCCUGCUACGCACGAUCCCAUUCGACAAAUACGAUAGUCUGCUUUACUUCCUGCGUACCCAACGGAUGCCGGAACAAGUCGCGCUAACGCGUCUUAUGCUGAGUAUGCCGAGUGGUGCGAACUGUCGAUUAUUAGCCAAAAUGUCUGCGUGGCCAUUAGAAGCACUCGAUGCCUUCUUCCAGCUGUUGUUGAUGCUCGCCAAAGUCGAGUACAAAAUGUUCGCCAAGUUGAUGGGGUCCCAGUACGUUAGUGCAGAGCAGCUACAGGUUUUCAUCACUGUGGCCGUGGACAUGAUGAACCAGGCUUCUAGUCGAGAACUCGUCAUCUUCGCUGCUGGUCUGCCAGUUCAUAUUCGAGAUCUCUUCUUUGAGAUGCUAACGGAUCGUCCGGAGAAGGGGGUUCUGCUCCGUAUCAUCGGCUAUUCCACGCGAGUGCCACCGGAACUUAUGCACCUCUUGAUUGCGAUAUUCCAUCGAAUGUCGUGGGAGAUUCGCUCGGCUUUCAUCGAGCAGCUUCGAGCGUUGGAAGGCGUUAGCAACGUCGAAAACCUGGCAGAAGUAGCGUCCAAUCUCCAAGACAACGAGGCUUUACGGCUGCUGAUUCUGCUGCUAAGCCCGCUUCAAAUCCACAUUCGAGUGAGUCUUGUAGCGCUCUUCCUGCAGCUUAAUGUCCAGGCACGCACGCGGCUUCUCGCUAGGCUUGUGAAGAUGCCAAAGAACUCUGUGGGGGCUUUCUGUACGGCGAUUUGUAGCUCGUCCUGUGAGCCCGUGAGCGCUUCCUUCUGUCGCGUGAUUGGCCUGGUGGAUGCCAGGUAUCACACGUCUCUCCUCCGCUUACUAGCAAGCGAACCGCUGUGGUUCUUUCUGCGUCUAAUGGCUGAGCAUUGCGACGUAGAACAGCGUCUGGAACAGUCCACGGAGUUGCUGAACCAAGUGGCAAAGACCGUGUGUUUGUUCUCUCUCGACGACAAUUUAUUGCUCUUAAAAGAUGUGAUCCGAGAAGCACUGGGCGACGCUAUGCCCCUGAGUGAUACAGUCGCCGUACUUGCGUUAUUCCCUGAAGUAUCGAAGCUUCUUGACUUCCUCCGAUACGUCAUGGGGUUCGCAAAAUGCGCGCGUACCAGCUUAAUUUUCCGCGUUCUUGCAAAGUAUCAACAGCCAGAAUUUAUCUUCGAAAUGUGCCGAAUUCUCGACUUGGACGACGCCAUAUUCGCCUUGAAGCGACUGGAUCGAACGUGGCAACGGCGACAUGAAGAGCUAGACAGAGCGAUGGAGUCUCUAUGUCGACUUGUUCAAGUGAAAGACGACUUCUGUGACCUCAUCGUGGGGUUUAAAAGUCUAUCGGCGCUUGACGUCGAUCGCCCCCUUCGAUUGCCCAGUGCAACGCCUCCAUCGCACCAACCGGUCGCUCUUAAUCGUCAUCUACAGCGAACGAGACCAGGUCAAGCGUUCUUUCGAAAGCGAACCGAGAGAAAGGCAUGGUGGCAAGAUCUGGACGACGUGUCCUGCCUGUUUCUUCCGAGUGAUCGACAGAGCGAAGCUUCACCUGAACCUCCGGUAAUUAGCAGUGUUACCUCACAUCCCCACGCUAAUCAACACAGUGAUACCUGCCUCAAUCGAUCCGAAUCUGCGCCAACUACGCUGUCGUACGAGAAUGAUUCGCAAUGGAGCAAGCAGAAGCGAUCACGCGGCGUCGCUGCAGCUCUCAACCGCCCUCUGGACUUCCACGUUGGUCGAGACAAAGGCGCCGAUUUCCUACAAAGGCAACGCGAACGUGUAUACCACGAGAAAGGGGCAUCAAGCAUCCGACACGCCAGGACAUCGGCUGCUCAAGAUAACGUUAUGGAGGCUCGAGUGUGUCGAGCUUUGGGCAAGCGAGUACCGACUUCGCAGACGAUCUUGUCGCCUCUUUCUCGACCAGAUUCCCAGACGGUAGAAAACGCCGUUAGCAUGCUAGCAAAGGCUGCUCAGCUUCGCGAUUCCAGUCCACAAGGAUUCGUCUCGGAAGCCCCAAAACGCAACCAGACACCGGCAAAGCAUCACAUGCGUAUGCUCCCAAGCAACCCAAAGAAUCCAAGCAUCAAAGCGGAGACGGAACUAAACUGCGAGCCUGUUGCUCCAUGGUAG